AUGACGGCCGGGCCGGGUCCAACACCCAACAAGGAGGCCAGUUGCGGCCACUGCGGCGCCUCGUUUGUGUCACGCAACGCGUUGUUCAAGCACCUGGCAGAGAAAUGCGAUCCCCUGGCUGCCAAGGCCAAAGAGGGCAAGGAGCGCGUCCUUGUCGUAGUCGGCUACCUGGGCUCUCGCUACCGCUGCAGCGCCUACCAGAAUGAGCGGGAGGAGGCCACACUCCCCUCCGUUGAAGGGGCGGUGAUCUCUGCGCUGCGCCGUGCCUGGGGGAAGGACGUCUUCCUCUCCGCCGUACGCAGCGCACGGACGGACCGGGGGUUCCAUGCGGCCGAGAACGUUCUCAUCCUUACACUCAGGCCUUGCCUUCGCGACGAUGCUGCCCUGCUUCGGGAGCUCCAGGAUUCCGACAUCCGGCUGCUCGCGCCGGUGGUCCCGGUGUCCUCCCUAGGACCUUCGGCGACCAUCUUUGACAAGGUCUACGCUCCGCGGCGACGAUCCUUCAACGUCUACAUCCCGUAUUGGGUCAUCAUCACCGAGGAGGAAAAGGCUUCCUUUGCCGAGAACAGGAGGAGUCUGGGUGGCGCGUGGUUUGGGCCUCUCCACGACAAAUGCAGCCCCGAGGAUGUCCUUCAGCUGCUGACGGAGGUCGGUGUCAGCGCAAUGCCCGAGGACAUCGAGUUCGAAACGGGCAAGGGCCACGUCCAGGUGCGUCUAUCGGAGGAUGCCGCCAGCACUGCUCUUGGGCAGCUGAACGGCCGGCUCUGGCACGGAAGUGCUUUGGUUGCCCUGCCGCUGUCUGAAGCAUUGGCCAAGUUCGUGGUCCACCGUCGAGUGCGGAAGGCCCUGAAGGAGCUAAAAGGUGGCCCAGCUGCGAGUAAGGGUUUGCGGUCCUACCACAACUUCCUCUGGCCACAGCCACCUUUCCGGGACCCUGCAGCGAUGAGGCAGCUCUUCCACUGCUCGGCCCUGGGCUUAGACGCACAGGAGCGAGAAAAAGGGAGCCACUGGUCUGAUUCAGACUGGACAGCUGUGACCUUCGUGGCUGCAGACUUCGGCCCGCAGCAGGCACGGACCGAAGAUCCAGGGACCCUCCUGAAGAGUUUCGACGGGCGUGAUGUAGGUGCCCUCCGAAGUCGUUGCCGGUACCUCAAGUUUCUCCAGCUGCGGAGGUCUGCUCGAGCUCGAACCGUGGGGCAAACUGUGCCAGACGAUUGCCAAGCCCAAAACUCAGCGAAGGAGCUGAAGAGGUUGCAUUUCCUGCAUGCCAAAGCAGAAGACAUGCUCGCAAAGCAGAGCGCGAGGCAGCGGCGCGUCAACCUGGCUCAUGCCAAGGGCCUGCGUCGAAGGACACAGCGGCCUGGCAAAGGUAAGGGCGGCUGCCCAGAUCCGGACUGCCAUCCAGAGACCGAGACCGAGACCACCACAGCCUGUCCCUGGUCCGCUUUGGGCUGUGAAAGCAGGACUCCAGUGCCUCGCUGCCAGCGCUUUGCACGCUGGCACCGUGCCCUGGAGCUUGCCGAGGAAGUGGCCCGAAACUACAGAGCUCCAGUCAGGCCUUGCCCCUUCAAGGCAAAGCUGGAAGAGGCGCGGAGCCAGCUGUCCUCCGAUGCCUUUGAUGCGCUGCGUGCCAAGUUUCUCCGCAGGCACGGGCGAAGCCUUCUCCAGUCGCUGACGUUGAAGGCGAAGCUGAAAAUUCGGAGUCUGUCGCCAACGCCUUUGUCCAGCGGCGUCCGGAGUGGGUUUCUGCAAACAUACUCUGAAGGCAAAGGCGGGGACUUGCUGCCGACGUUCCACGGCACCGACUUCUCCAACCACGCCUCAAUCUUUGAGCGCGGCCUUCUGAUCCCGGACAAGGAUACAAACGGGCUCAGAGUCAUCAACGGAUCUGCGCACGGCUUGGGGACCUACAGCGCCUCCCUUGAGAACCCACUUCUGGCCUUGAGCUUCGUGCGGCCUGCCCAGUCAGCGCUGCUGGUGUGCGGCGUGGUGGACGACACAGGCCACACAAGCUACACAGCCUCUAGGACUUAUGGCUGCCUUUCAUGCACUCGAGAGUCACAGCAUGUCCGUGUGGUGGGCGAUGCAGUGAUUGCCUUGAAGCCCGACCGCAUUGCCCCCCUUUUCACAGUUCAAUACGGACCAUACGGAUACGAUCAGAAGGCGAAAACUCUGCAUGCUAAGAAGCCGCUCCGGCACCCUCGCACACGGAGCACUUCGCAUGCAUACCGGCUUUUGCGACACUGCAUCAAGCUCGACCCCUGCCUUCAUCCUUGGCACAUCUUGUUGAGAGGAGGCAGUACCUUUGGCGGACGUAUUCACGUGACCGGGGCGCAGCAGGACCUUGCAAAGAUGGAGUGGGCAUCGAUCAAGCACCACAGCUCGAAAUGGCUGAAGGCACAUGGCUAUUGGAAUGCCACGGAUUUCAAGACUUUCUGA